AUGAAUAGCACCAACAGCCUGAAUCCUUUGUAUUUUCAGUUCACUCUGUUUGCAGACUUUGGGCCCCUCAGAUAUCUGUUCUUCAGUCUGUGUCUGUUGCUCUACAUGACUGUUGUCUCUGCUAACAUUGUCAUUAUUCUGACAGUCUGUCUGGAGAAGUCUCUGCAUCAGCCCAUGUAUAUUUUUAUCUGCUGUCUGUCUGUUAACUCUCUGUACGGCUCAGCCGGCUUCUUCCCCAGGUUUCUGAUGGACAUUCUGUCUGACACUCAUUUAAUCUCACGUCCAUUAUGUUUCAUUCAGAUAUAUGUUAUUUACACCUAUGUAGGAUAUGAGCUGACUAUCCUUAGCAUUAUGGCCUAUGAUAGAUUUGUUGCUAUUUGCCAUCCUUUACAUUAUCACAGUAAAAUGACAUUUAAGAUGGUAACACAUCUUGUGAUUUUUGCCGUGCUCUACCCUGCAUUUGCUAUGGGUUUCAUGCUGUAUCUUACUGUUCGAUUACCGUUGUGUGGCAAUAAACUGAAUCGGCUUUUCUGUUCCAACUGGCCUGUGGUUCAGCUCUCCUGUGUGGACACAACUUUGAACAACAUAGUAGCUCAGUUUGUCACGAUAACAACCAUCUUCAUCCCCCUGUUCUUUGUCCUGUACACCUAUCUACGUAUUCUGCUUGUCUGCAGGAGAAGCUCGUCUGAAUUCAGAGGAAAGGCGUUACAGACCUGCCUGCCUCACAUCGUGACAUUCAUGACCUAUUCUUUCUCUCUCUUCUGUGAGCUGUCAUUGACUCGAUUUGAGGCUGAUAAAAUGAAUCCUAUCAUCACAGUUGUUUUAUCUUUAGAGUAUCUGAUGAUCCCCCCCAUUAAUAACCCUCUAGUUUAUGGCCUGAGUCUGCCUCAAAUCAAAGGAGUGAUAUAUAGAUUUUUAAAAGAAGAUUCCUGCCACGGAAUUGUAAAACUUAACAUGCACAUUUAG